AUGUCUGCAAUCCCAAAGAACGAAGUCGGCAGCACCGUCGCUGACGCUAAUGCUGAUGUCGAGCUUGGCAAUAUCUCUACGUACAGCCUAACCUCCACUCUCUGCCGCCCACCCACAAACUUCACCUCCGCCUCUACUCUUAAGGACUCAGAGAUCCCCCAACCUGCCGAUCCAGCUAGACGCCCCCGCCUGCAACGAUUGUUCGUAAAGAUCGGUCAAUGGAUGAAGAAGAAGUACCUGAAGAACCCGAGCAAGGUCAUCAUCCUUUCCGUUUUCUUCAUGGUAUUCCUAGGAAUGAUGAGCUUAUCUGUUGGCUGGAUGGUCAACUCUCCCCGUCUGCCCGAAUUGCCCGAGAAGGAUCGAGACUAUCGCGUCCUUCCUCCCACUCUUGCAUAA